UAGAGAUCACCUUUGAUAUUGGUCCUGCGAGUAAUACGGAGGGCCUCGCACGCGACCUGGACAAUCCCUACGCUCGUUCAAUGGUCAUCAUAACUGGUACUUUGACCACGUCUUACAAGCAACCCGUUACUCUGGUACACAGCUCAAUCUGGACAACAGUGUUCAAUUUCGAGGCUACUACAGUCGGAAACAUAAAGAAGGUAACAAACAUCUUCAAAGGGUCAUGGUAAGGAUACUAAGACUAAAAGGGGGCGCGGAAUAGGUGAAGGUUUUACCGGUUACAAUGGUGCUGUUCACCGGAACGACAAGCUGUGGCGUCAAUGGAGUAUUACUGUCAUUGGCGCUUCCUGUCAAAACUUGCGCUAGCACCGUAGAUGAAACCGAGUCGAAGAGAAGACUGAAUGUCACAGCGGAAGCGGUAUCCACUAUAUUAGCGACUUUGAUAAUGAGCUCGUUGGGUACUGUCGAUGUCUGUCGGAUUACGCUCCAAAACAACGUGCCAUCAGGGUCCGGUAAGGUGCUUGGUAUGUAUUCGUCCCCGCGGUUUUUGCUAAAGAGCUGUAAGACGGCAAAGUUAGAGGCAGUAAAUAUGAGGAAGCGACUGCUAUGUGCGACCUUCUGAGCAUAGUAGCUCGUUGAGAGAUAAACCGAUCCGGCGCUGACAGAUAUUCAAUCGAGAGUACAAAGAAACAGGACGAAACAUACUCAAAAGAGAUCAAGUUAGGAGGACGAGAGCGUAUCAGAAGAUCAAAACGACGAGGAAGAAGACUUGCGAUUUCUUAUGAGUGAUGAUUUCGAGAGGGAGCUAAACGAGGAGGACGAGUAUGAAGUACAGGAAAGCCCAGAGGAUGAAGAGGA